UUCUCAAAUAAAUGCGGAGGAUCCACCCUGGCAUUGGGGAGCGCAGGCCACUGGAUGCACAAAGAUGGGAGAUCACUGUGCAGCUCCACCCCCCGGAACAUGGACUCAGCGUGGCCAUGGAAACGGCGCUGAUCUUUCUGUGCUCUCUGCUGGUGCCUGUGGUCGUGGCGGAUGCAGCCAAUCAAGAGAAGGAAAAAGAUCCUUUCAACUAUGAUUACCAGAGUUUGAGGAUCGGCGGUUUGGUGUUUGCCGUGGUCUUGUUUUCUGUUGGAAUUCUCCUUAUACUCAGCAGGAGGUGCAGAUGCAGCUUCAACCAAAAGCCCAGAGCCCCUGGGGAUGAGGAGGCUCAGGCGGAGAACUUGAUUGCCUCAAACGGUUUAAUGACGUUUGUCCCACGCCCCCCACCCCCAUUAAUGUGCUUUCCCGGUGGUGCACACGCCCAGAGCCAGGCACCCGCUGGACGGCUCGCUGGGAAGAUGGCUGACGAGAUCGUCCCAGAGCAGGUGCCUGACAAGUUCACCUAUGAUUACGAGACCAUUCGGAAUGGGGGGCUGAUCUUCGCCGUGGUGGCUUUCGUGGUCGGACUCCUCAUCAUCCUCAGUCGGCGGUUCCGCUGCGGAGCAAAGAAGAGAAGAAGACAAGGUGACGAUGACGAGCUGUAGCUGCAGAACCGCCUGGACUGUCUGGAAAGCGGCUUCCUGCCCAGUGCUCUGUCUGGGAGGGGGGAGUUGUCUUCAGGAGCUAAGCCCCUUGCACCGGAGACAUUAACCCUCUCAGCCCUGCACCUCUAUACACACUAUUUGCAUGGCUUUCCUUUGUAAAAUCAGUUCAGUGCUUCUUUGCCUCAAUAAAGCUCCUGCUGAGCGAGGGUUAAAGCUUG